AUGUGUCAUUCUGGAACUGCAACUCAGCUGUUUUUCGCGCGUGUAAAAGCAGCUAAAAGCAUGGACGUUGUGGAAGCUUCUGAAGAUGGAAACAACUCUCAGUUAUCACUUCAGAAAUGUAUUUCAUACCUGAAAUCUGCAAGGAGUGACAACGAACGAUUUGCAGCACUUCUUUUGGUGACGCAACUCGUAAACUCAAACAGCUUGGAUAGUGCAGGGCGACGAAGCCUUUUCCAUGCGGUCGGCUUUAAUUUCGUCAACAGGCUGUUGAACUCGAGUAAAGUACCGGAUGACUGUCCACAAGACGUUUAUCGCUCGCUGGCUCUAACCAUUCUAGCCUGUUUUGCAACUGACGAUGAAUUUCUCGUGCAUCCAGAAAUGCUGGCGAAGAUUCCUCAAUUUCUGGCAGGCUUCUCGGACGAAGAAGAGAACGUAAACAUUGUGAACGAUUGUUAUCAGAUUCUCUCCGCUCUCACUGCAACGUCCGUAGGAUGUAGUCAUCUGGGGAGAAAAGAUGUUUUUACAAAUCUUAGCCGUAUCGCAAGUUGUGGAACAAACCAGGCUAAAUCAAAGAAAGCGAUUGAAAUCAUGAUUCGAGUUGUAAACAGUUCACCAUUUAAUCUGCAGGAAGACGAAUCACCAGCGGAGAGUAUCUUUGAAACUGUACGUGCCUUGAGCAAACGCUUUAAAGAGGCUCAAGACUGCUCGAAAUUUGAAUUGUGCAGUUCUUUGGUCCUUUUAUUAGCCAGUAUUAACAAAACAGUUUUCCCGAAAUUCCAAGAAAAACAGUGGCUAAAAGACAUCAAUGUAGGAGUUAAUCAGAUAUUGCAGUCAAAAGUUUCUUCACAGCAAAGGGAUCCUGCAGUUGUUUUGGUCUCAUUGGUGACUGAACUUGUGGGAAUGGACUGGAUGAUUGAACCAAAUGGACAGAAAUCACCAGGGCUUUUUAUCUUAAGCGUGACUGUUGCAAGUAUUGAGACAAGAAUGAUAUUGGAUGGGAAAACAUGGGUGGAAGUGAGCCCCAAAGCAGAUCUUUUGACCAGUUGUUAUAACAUCCUGGAGAAAGCAAUCAACUUUGUUAUUGUGAACACUGAUAUAACAAAUGAUGUGCAGUUGCCUGAGUUUGCGAGCAACAAUCUCCCAAAAGUAUAUUCUCUUGCAACUGAAGCUAUUCAUUCCAUCAUCCAGUUCCUGGGAAAUGUCAUCUCCAUGAAGGACAAAGAAAUAACAGAUGUGAAGCUGCGUGAGCUGGUUUAUGCCUCAGUCAGAGUAUUGUGUGCAUGGAUGGCAGAGGAAACUGCUGCGCUGCAGGAUAGCAUCUGUAAGCUGCUACCAUUCCUGCUGAAAUUGGGGAAAGAAAGCCUGGAUACCUUUUCAGGUAUUUACCAUAGCAUCAUAAUGAUAGUCAUAUUACUAUUUUGAACUCUAAAACAUGGAAAAAGGGAUCCUUAAACAGAAACUGGAAAAACCCUGACAUGAACGGCCUCUGUUUUCAGACAUCUCUCGGGAGUUUGUGACUCAAGGAGAUGGCUGAAAUUCAGGCUAGAAUUAAACAUGACUUUGCUUAUUUACAGUACCGGUCAAAAGUAAGUUGACAGUCACUCGGGUCUCUAUCCUUGAGACUUGAUUCUUGAAACUUUCGAGGAUGGAGUCUUGAGUCUCGAUGAUCAGGGAUCAAGUUUUUUCAAAUUUUGAGUUGAGAAAUACUAUGAACUUGUCGUGUAGACUUACCUUUUAUUUUAAAAAGGACCGUCCUGUGCCUUUUGUGAGACUCGUUUGCUUUCAUGUAAACGAAGCUUGCUAUUUGAAGGCGAAAACGUUCACUUAUGGUCUCCUGUUAAAAGUCCUUUGGAAACUUGCUUUUUAGAAGUAGAGGUAUACAUGUAUGUAAGGUAAAUGUACUAGCGGUGAAAAUUGAUCCGCCGUUUGAAAGUACCAUAUUUAUUCGGCCAGGUAAAUCGAAAACACCCGGCUAUAAGCCGAGACCCAUUCGUUACAAGACUUUUAACUACUGUAAAACUUAACAAUUUCCAAAGAAAUAUGACCUUCUCUAGGAAAACGUUCAAUUGUUGUUUGGGUUUUUUGCUGCUAUCAAUCUUUCCUCGUGUCUUCAGGGCGCAAAGUAACGGCCGGUCGACGGACAAUGUCCGGCCUGAUCGUGGUCUUGACCGGUCAAACUCUCGUCUUGCCGUUCAUUUUCACCGGUCAUUUUUGGAUGCGAACACAGGGCUCAAAGUUAGCGACUAACUGGUCGCAUAUGCGACUGGAUUUUUGGUUGUGCGCCUAAAAAUUCAUGUGUAAUCGCACCUGUGCGCCGUAAAACCCAAAGCACAGUGCGACUGACUUACUUCCGACUAUACUUACGAACUCGAGCUAGAAAGACGGUGUAUGUUUAAUUGGUCUUUUCUCCCAAUGGAUUCUACGAACUCGAAUGUUCUUUUUCGUUUCGAUGUUUUACUCCAUCCCAGACUCUUCUGUUUUGUAAUAAACACCACUGACACAUGCAAAUAUACGCUACGAACGAAACACGUACUUUUUGCGCAAUGGACGAUCAUGUCAAACGUUCAGUUUUAACGUCAAUCAAAACAAAAACAGUGCGGAUUAAGAGCCUUUUUUUCCACGUAAGACAGUUUUUUAAGUCGUAUUCCAGUUACAUGUAAGUCAUUGCCCAUUUAACAAAUUCAUUAAAGAUUAAUUUUCAUUCGCGUUCGACACACUCAUUGUUGUCAGUUUUGAAUUGUUUUUCAAGUGUAAGUUUCUUUAGUCACAACUGUACUGUCAAAAAGAGAAAUUAGUAUUAAAAAUUACAACGGUAUUACUGCGUAGCAAAUCGGCUGUGUUUUAUUAAUCACAGGACUGAAGGAAAAGUAACAAACUGAAGAUGACAAAUAAACGUGGCAGUGUUAAGCUUUUUACUUUUCUUUUGAAAUAGAUGCUCCCAACAUUAUAAGCUGUACUCCUAAAAUUUUCAGCUGUGCGCCUAAAAUUGCGGCAGUGCGCCUAAAAAUUUACAUCUGGUAGCACAAGCGCUCCCAAACUCAAAUUUAAACUUUGAGCCCUGGAACAUUUAUCAUAUUUUCCAUAUAGUUGUCCCUUAAUGCAUUUUGCUCUAUAAUGCUGUAAUGAUUUCUUUUUUCUUUGGCUUUUUGUUGUAAUGAAACGCAACAAAGCGAAACAGUAACAAACUGAGUUGUGGAGUAAUGCAAUGAUUCAGCAGGAUGUACUGUACGUUCUGCUUUGCUGUGACCAGUAAUGUGACCUUCUUUGGGAAAACAUACACUAAAUGAUAAUCCAUUAUUUGUCAGAAAACUAAAAGAUAGGUAACAGGUUUUGUCCAUCAAACGUUUCACAUGUACUUGUAAGAGGAUUGUGAAAGUCACCUUUAACGGAAUUCGGGUAAAUUGAUCGCUCAUCCUCAGGGUUGUCACUAAGAUUUCAUGUUGCCGGGUAAAUACUACAAGUAGGAAUCAAACGGCUAGGGAUUUCUUUUGGUUCUAUUUUUCUCCUAUUUUCCAAUAAAAGUAGCCGGGGGUAAUCCCCGGCCCCCGGCUCUUAAUGACAUCCCUGCAUCUUGUACUGUUUCUCCGGGGAUAAAUUUCAGCGCCUCAAUUAAUUAUAAUACUUUCUUCACGUCGAACAUGAAUCUCGUUUGCUGACUCGAUUCCAGAAUUGUCUGAUAAAAACCAAGCUAAUUGAGAACGAACGUCGCCUAUCUCAGCGCUUAAAAUCCUGCUUCUUGUAAACAGCUUUAUGCAAAUUGCUGUUGACGACACUAAUGAGCCUUUUGCGAUAAAGUGUUGCGUGACGACUCAAACAAAAGCUCUGCUGUAUAUUUAUUGACUUCUAAUGAUAAGACUGAGGAAAACAGGGGUUACAUUUGGUGUUAAGUUUCUUUCAAGAAGCUCUUUUUUUAGCUCGUCAUCAGCACACUGUUUAGUUUUCGGCUUUGUUUGUAAUUGACAUUUGACACUGCACUUGAUCAUAUGUUUUGUACGCCAAAACGUGAAAACCGCUUCCACUUUCCUUGAUUUUUUGAAUGAGCAAACCACCAUGAGAAGACUGCAAAUCACUAGGGAUGAGUUUCACCAAAAAAAAUUGUCAGCUCUUUUGAUAUGUGUGGUUAUCGUUCGCGCGUAGCGGCAACUUGUCAACGAGAUCUCAACAUCAGUAAACAUAGGGACGUUAAACAUGCAUGAGCUAUUUUGAAUGCUUCAGUGUAACUUUAAUGCUUCAGUGUAACCUUACCAAGAGUGAUGAAUCUACGUUUUUCGUCCUAAAUGUAGACUGGGUUUUUGUGCGAAAUUGAGCAUUGCCGUAAAUAAAUGAAAACGCGAAACGCUCAGCUGCGUCGAUCCUUAUGCUACUUUCCUCUGUCUUUCCCUGUUACAUUUGGUGCAAUUUAAACAAAUUGUUAAAGUAAAAUAUAUGUCUACUCACCAAACGUUGAUUAGAGGGAAAACUCUAAGGUUUCCUCGGAGUUUCUUAAGCCAAAAUGUAACUCAUCGAAUUCGAGUAGUUACGAAAUACCAGGAUUUUUAUCAUUGUGGUAUAUGGUUGUAUCAUCACAAUUCACGAGGUUUUCACAUGCGAUUCUACUCAGUGAAACAGUGUUUAACUCUGACAACUUAUUUCUUCAUGUUUUAAAAGCUAUUGCUUCUUAACAGACAAGAGCCUUUUUUAAGGCAUUGGUUACAAAACAAAACAGGUCUUCAUACGUUCAAGUCACUAUUACUAUUGUGAAAAGCCAAUGUGCAUGAGAUGUACAGUCACACAACUGGCACGUGAAAGUGUUAGACUUUGCCCCCUUUCGUGGUUCGUACGUGAGGGAAUUCGAGUUAUCACACAGUAAUCGAGUAAACAGAAUUAUAAAAAUAACUCAUGCACACAAUUUGCACGUGAAGAUGUUGGUCUUUGACCCUUUUACAAUUCGUACUUAAAAAAAACGCAAAUUGUUUACUACAAAAUUUUCUCAAACGAUUUUAAGAAAUCACCUUAGCUUCAUUACAACAGCUGCAAUUAAAUUAUGUUUCAUGCAACGUCAAGGUUGAUAGCCUAACAAUUAUUAACGUCCAAGAAAAUUAUCAAACUGCCGAAAUAUAUUUCUGCUCAUAUCAUGUUACUCCACUCAAUAAAGCAGUACCUAAUUAUUGUGUCAACUAGCUUCUUCCAAUUUUAUUCCCUAACGCUACUGUUUCUACUUAAGUUUAUACGCAUCUUUACAAAAUAAAAUACGUUUCAAUAACUAUAAUGCUUAGUAUGCAGGAAGGAUGUAUCAUGUUGUUCACUUAUUAUUCCUUUUUGUUGUUGUUUUGCCGGAACGAAAAAGGUCUGUUGAACUUUGUGAGCGAGAGAAUAAUAUUUCUACAGCUUGUUUAGAGGAUUAACAAUACUCGGUACAGCUUUAAAAAAAAUAAGCUGCUUUUCAAACUUCUAAAACCACAUUUUAUAGGCCGCAUACUUUCGAAUUAAAGUCCAUAUCUAAAUAUCAAUUAUUGCUUCACUGGAAGAGCUUUGAAAAUAUAUGAUCGUUUAUACUCUACCUUGAAGCAGGUGAAACACAACUAAUAAAUACGUGCGUGGUACCGUUCGCGAUAGCCGAAUUCGGUCAGAAAUGUCUUGAAGUAGCAUCCACACUAAAAUAUGAACCCUUAAACAGCUGCAUCACUGUACACAGCGUUUGAAUCAUGAAGAUAUUUAAUAUAAUGUUUCCAAACACCUGUAGCCGUAAUAAGAGACAAACAAAUUGUAAAGAAUCAAGAUGGCGGUCUUAAAGUGCCCUUGUUCGACCUUUAGCAAUGUGAUUUUUAAGUAGAUGCCAGGAUCUCAUUGGUUCCUUAGCAUCAACUCAUAGUACCUUCAACCUUAUUGGCUCUUGCAACAAACAUCCGAACAUACAAAGUUACAAAGAUACAAAGAUACAAAGAUACAAAGAUACAAAGCCACAAAGAUACAUACUCUCACACCACUGACAUAUCAGCUAUUUUUUUCAAAAUAGCUCAAAAAUUCAACUUGGAGUACGAUCAUGAAAUAAUGUUAGCUUAAUAAAUUUGUUCUAUAUAGCUUUUUUAAACAGUCACUUCUUGAUUUAUGAAAGAGAGUUGUCUUGAAUUUAACAAAUUACAGCGGCCAAACAAGUCCAUUUGUUAUUUGUUUUACGUGUAGCAGCAACUUUCGCCGACGAGAUAUCAUCAACAUCAGUAAAAAUGCAACUUGGCGUUCGAGCACGAAAUAUUGUUAGCUUAACCCUUUAAGCCCCAAUUUCCACAUACAAAUUCUUCAACUGGUCUUUAUACAUUUCCUUAUAAGGAUAAGUUGAGAGAAUUUGAUAAAAGAUCAAAGCAUUUUCUGUUAGGUGAUAAUUUUAUUAAUUCUCAUAACUUUAUCUCUUGACCUUGUAUGGAUAUUAUUAGGACAAAAUUGAUGUUGGUCACUAUUGGGACUUAAAGGGUUAAUAAAUUUGUUCUAUACAGCUUUUUUAAACAGUCACUACUUGAUUUAUGUCUGUUUGUCAAACUCCGAAUUUUGUGACAACUGUUUUUCUGAUUUCUGCCAGACUUGUUAGCCUGUUCGUACAUUCCUUGUGACUUUCUAUUGUUUGAAUGAAACGAGUUUGAAACUUUUAUUAGUACUCAAAUGAUCUUGUGUAAGAGUGCCCCUUCAGCAAAGAAAGUUUCCGGUGACAUCAGCUAGAUUUGCACAAAAGCAAGUUUUAUAAAUUAAUUAAUUCUAAGCUGCAUUUACACGAACGAGUUUGAAACUUGACUAAUGGAAAACUUAUCAACUCAAACGCUUAUGAAAAUGUUGCUUUUUAGGACAAAUAAAGUUUUCCGUCAAAUUAUUGUGUGACUUUAUGUAGAUUUACAUACGCUAAAAGCGCGACAAGCCACGGAAUCGCUGCCGAGAUGUGUUUUUGAAUUUUCUUGGCAAGUGAAAGGCUACAUGUUACAUGUACGAAAUCAUUUUAAGCCGCAUUUACAUGAAAGAGUUUAAAAGCAAAUUUACCGAGUUGACUCAGAUACUCGUAAAAAUGCCACUUUUUAAGGUAUCUGCACAGGCAAAUUUUGCACAUUUUUGCAUCAUUUUUAGUGGUUGUUUUAUGGAUAAUAUCUAUAUGUCACUACAUUGACAGUAUUCCUCAGUUCUUGAGGAACUAGAAUAUAUCAAAAUAAAGUAUGUUAUGUCACCCAAAAGGUGUUAAUUUAAUUACCCCCUAGGGUGACACGGAAAGAGAAAAAUUAAAAUUUCAGAAGAAUCCUUAGAGUUAUUGUUAAAAAAGAAAUGUAACACAAAUAAGGACGUAAGAUAGAAUAAUUCUGUGUUUGACUACGACACAGCUCCAAUUAAUCCAGCCUCUAGGGCACAAUUUGCUAUUUUGUAAUUUGACCCAUAUUUUGACAUCAAUAACUCAGCUGUACGGCAAUUCUAACCUUUAGUCAAACACAGAUCUGUUCAUUAACAUGCUCUUUGUAUAUUUGCCAAAUUUCACAAAGAAAUAAUGAUCCAUUCCUCCAAAAACUGGUUCCGUAAGUCAAGGUAAAUCGGUCCUUGUGGUAAUUAACGCUUUUCCAGAGUGAAAAAGCUUAUUUUCCUCUCAAAAUCAACUGUUUUUCCUCGAUACUACCAUCACAGACCUUCUUGCCCGCCAUUUUGAAUCACCGCUGUGUAAAAUGCUCGUGGAAGCCUAAGAAAAUGCCAAAUGACCUCUCUAUAGCCCCCUUGGAUUUUGAUACGUGACCAGUUGCUAGGUGUGACGUAUUUCCGGAAGAUUCGUUACUCAGUGUCAGCUUUAAUGCAGUGAAGCGCGCCGAAGUAUGAAGAUUGAAGAAGAGUUUUAUUCAAAAUUGAAAAGAAUUGCUUCUGUAAAGUGAAAGAAAUUGGCAGAAAAAUAGACCAGAGGAUUAGGGGCCAAGAAAACGUUUUACUCUCCCGGCAAAAUUGUCAGAAUAUAUCAGGUGAGAAGACACACCGAUGUAAUGUAAAUUUAAAACAAUAUUAAGCCCUGGAAAAUGGAGUAUAUUUCAAGAACAUAACGAAUUUUGACAAGAAGCAAGUACUAUUAGUCAUCACAGCUUUAACAGAAGGAAGAAAAAUCAAGUUGGACAUACAGCGGCUGUAGUUUGUCAAUGAAUCCAAGCAGUGAAUAGAUUUUGUUCAGCGCAUCAAUAGAACUUGAUGCUGGAAAGAGGAGUCAAAUUGCGCUCCUGCCGUCCAUUUUCUUAGUAACGGAAAUGACACUUUUUCUUUAACUUCCGGUAAAUCAGUCAACUUUUGAGUAGAUUUUCUCUUUAAUGCGAAGGUAUAUUCAAAAAAGAACACCAGAUAUGCAUAUUACAUCAUCUGAACUUACUGUAGAAAGAUUUUGAGUGCAAAAUAAAAUGUUGAAAAUUUGCCUGUGCAAAUACCUUAACAAAGAUAGUUCAUCUUAUAAAUCUUUAUCAAGAGCUCAAUUCAAAGAAUUGCGAGCCGCACCGUUCAUCUGUGAAAAUCUAGGAGCAUGGUGAGCAAAGGCUACAUACAAUGUACAUGCAGAAUCUCUGAAACAGAAAAUAUCGAUUUACACUUAUUGAAAGCUUCCUGAAGCUGGCAGUUCAAACAGUUACAGAACACCGCACCACAAGCACUGAUCGGUGGUGUGAAUUUUUGAACGUCUACAUGACUGUACAACAUUGUUCUUUUGGAAAAAAAAUAAUUUCAUGUAUAAACCUUGCUUCUCAAACCUCAAAGCUGGAAACUUGAGACUCAAUCCUCACAUCUCGAAACUCGAAGCAUUUGUGCUUUGAGACGCAAGGAUUGAGUGUCAAGUUACUUUUGAGGUACUGUAUUUUCAUUUUCCAGAGUUUCAAAGUCUGUGAAAGUUACACUUGGUGGUUUCUGAUAUUAGUUAUUCAGCUUUAUCUGUGCCUUUCUAUUUUUGUUAUAUGUUUUGUGUUAAUUCUAAGAUGGCUUGCAAAAGGGUCUUUUAACACAAUUCAGGGCUAUCACUAACUUCAAAGUCAAACCUAUACAGUUCAGCUGAAAAGUAUGUUGACAGUCUCGACUGGAAACUGGAUUCUUGAGUCCUUGUAUUUCUCUAUGAAUUCUUUCUUGUGAACUAUGAGAUGUUUUAUUUUAAGUGCACAUGAAAUGUGUGAAGGUAAGUAAGCUUUUAAAAUUGUGUUUGUGACAGCGUAAAUGAAUAUGAUCUUUAAUUAUGAUAGCCGCCGUGAAUUUUUUCUCAAAAACUUCAACGUUUUGGCAAGCCGUUGAUGAAUUACCAGAAAACAUAUAACAUAAUUAGCAAGGUAUCUGUAAAGGUGACAGAAAAGGCUGUAAGAAAUAUCUAUAUACCUGUACCUAUUUAUAGUGAGAUGAAAAAUGCCAACAUGGAAGUAAAAUUUGCAUAUGUCGUGUGCAAUUGGCAACAUUUUAACAAAUACAGCAGCGACUGAACAUUUCUAAAGGCAAAAGUCAUGAUUACUGAAGGUUUGUCCAAGACUUUUUCAUUCAAGGUCAUUUUUAGAGGAAACUUGCAUGAACUGCAUUGCAGCGGAAGAAUUACAAGACAUUUGUGCUUGUUUGUGUACUUUUUAUUGGUGAUAAUUUUUAGCCAGGGGCUGAUAAAUAAAAGUUGACAUUUUUGUUUUAAAAGUGCUGAAUGAGCAGGGAAUUCUAGCUGCUGUUUUUUGCCCAUUAAACAGGCAAACAUGUUUCAAACGUGCAAACUUUGUUUCAUCACAUAAGAAAGAGAGGCUUGCAAAAGCUGUUUGUCACAGUCCGCAGCAUGUACUUUGUGAUCCUUUUAACCAGAGGGCAGUCUAUUUGAUGAAUUUCUACCUCAAGAGAUCAGUCAAGCAACAAGCUCAUUAUAUUUCUCAAAUCAGCUCUCGACUCUCAAAGCCUUGUGACCUCGGGUCAAAACCUCAAGUCUUGUGACACUGGAUUCUCGAAAGUUGCGAGAUUUGAGAAUCGAGUCGCGAGAAUUGGGAUGCGAGGUACUGUCAACUUACUUUUGAGCAGUACUGUAUUACUUGCUGACACGAUGCACUGGUCCUGAUGUUCACAUGAAAUGCAUCAAAAAUAAAAACAUUUUACAGUUCUGUUCACAAGUUAGACCUAAUACCAAAAUACACAGACUAGAUUUUUCUGCAAAGCAAGAUAAACAACCUUUCCUUUUUCUUUUUUGUUGUCUAAAAGCUUUUGCUCAUUACAGAGGUAUGUGCAUGUGGGUGCUGACGGGUGAUAUAAAUGGUUAUUGUUUGUUUCUUGGAGAAUUGAACUGUUUUCUUUAAGUCUUUUUCAGCAGUGAAUUUUCGAGAAUCCUGGCUUGUCGAAAUUCAAAUUUUUCUUUUUUGCUUUUUUUAACAAUACUUUUCUUACCUAUUGGCUUGUUUCCCUUUACUGAUACUGCUACUCUUUUAUAGCUUUGCAAGAUGUUGUAAUAAACAUAUUCCUAGUUAAGUUGGGAGUAUUGAGUCACGACAGUCAACUCACUUUUGAGUUGUACUGUAUGCAGUGCAAUUUUCCACUAUUAUUUUACAAAUUUGCAUCUGCACUCUGCUUAUAACCUUACUUCCGUAAUCUGCUUGCUUAUGCCAUGUAAACUGCCCAUCCUAGGAGAUAUGCUAUUAGAAUGAAAUUUACUUAACCUUAUCACUAUCUGAUUGGUUACUUAAUAUUUUGAGGCUAUCAGCUAUGUUGAAGUAUGUUUACAUCCUAAGUGUGUUUUACCAUUGGCUUGUUAAAGCCUGCCAGACCCCACGUAUGCUACUAUGAGGGGUGGUCUAGAUUUAUAUUGAUGCAAGUAUCAACAUCCAGUAUUAUAUCUGAAGCACUUACUGAAAGUAAAUUACAAAAAGUAAUUUAAUAAAAAUAAAAAUAAAUAACUCAAUUAAAAAAAUGCAAUAAAAGACUUUAUAAUAAUCUGUAUAGUAAAAGAAAUCUAUUGAACUGAAAGCUGUUUUAAAUAUAUUAAACUCAUUCAAGCACUAGUAGUGUUCCUUGAAGAACUAAAUUGAUUCUUGAGUAAAUGCGGUUGUAUUGACUUUCAUUCUUUAGAAAUUGUUGUUGAUGCCAAAUCCGAUACAUCAGAAGACCAACACGCAAGUACUUCUAGCUCCGUAAGUACUGUAAAUGUAAGGGAUGUAAUAGGUAACAGGCUUAAUCAAGUUGAUAUUAUGAGGUUUCUAUUGCCACCGCUAUGCCACCUUUCAGCUGAUGACAAAACACGCAAGAUCUUGAUUGAGAAUGGUUGUCUUGAACUGCUAUCAAAGUACUUUUUUCAACAGUGGAAGAUUUGGAAUGAGAAACAAGAUAAUGACACAAAGUUACAUGAUUCCAAAACGUGCCUUGUUACUUUGCUUGGCAUUGUAUUAAAUAUUGUUGUCACUGAACCGAAACUUGUAGUUUCCAACCAUACGCUGAAACAACUUGGCCAACAUGCCAUACUCUCCACUCCGCUACUGCUUCCCACAGAAGCAGAUGUUGUGAUUCUAGUUAAUCAAGUUGUGCUUGGCCUCUUGUUCAUAAGAAGCAGUGUGGAACAUAAUGAUUCUUUCACAUGUGAUGGAUUAUGGAAGUUUUUACAGACUUCUAUUCAGAUCUUAAAAGAGGCAAAACCAUUGAUGCAGAACAGAGGAGGUCAAUUUGUUGAACAGAAAAAAACCCAGCUUGCUAUCAGAUGCAAAGAAGCAUGGUCGGAAAUCUCAGAAUUGUGGUUUCUUGGUUUGCAAGUAAUUUCAGUGCUAGUAAACUCAUUGCCUGUUGUCAAAGAGCUUUUGGAGGAAAGUGGGUGGAUGGACAUGAUCAUAAACAUUCACAGCUAUGAUCAAGAACUGACUCUAGAGGAAAAAGAUGCACUUCUUGAUUUGGGUCAAAAAGUAAACAACUUUUAAAUUUGGGAGGUAUUUUAUUUUGCAUAAUGCUAUCUUGGACCUGUUGGUAAUUCAAACUCUCAAUGAAAAAAACAACAACCAGUUAGUUGAGUUAGCAGGACUUCGAAUGACCAGAGACAGUUAAAUAUUCAAUUUGCUGUAUUGAAAAUUUAGUAUUCAGUGCAGUGCAAAUAGAACUUACCUAACCAGAAUUUGUAACUUGAUUAUGCGUCUGUAUGAUAAUAGGGUAAAAUAACUGUAAAAUACAUGAUAUGUUUGUUGCUCUAAUUAAAAUCAAAUCGUGGUAGUGUUAGUUUUGGAGUUUUUAUAUAUCACAUGACAAGAAGAACUAAUGGGAUAGCAGCUGUAGUGAAAUGCAACAACCAGAAUUUGAGUUUUCCUGGUAAAUUUGGUGAAGGGAAACAAUAUUUAGUUUAAGUUAGCUGGGAUCAAGUAAAAUGACUGAAUGGUGGGUUCAAGUGCAAGGGAAAUGCAGAGACCGUGGAGACCAUUUUAAAGUGGUAGGGCUAAAAAAUCUUGCCGAUACAAAGAAACAUUAAGUUCAGUGUUUUGCCAUUUAUCUUACAUUUUGGGUAGACUACAAGCAGUCUCUCUUUUCUCUUGGUCCAUCGAUCAAAACGCCCAAGACAAGCUCACAGGUGCGUGCACUCCCCUUACCGCCUUGAAAUCUGAAUCAGUCUAGCAUUUGCGCACCAUGUUAUUUACAGCCUCAACAAAUAUAACAUAAACGUUGUCGCGUGUUAUAGUAUCCAGUGUAGCCAAC